GAAGGGCCUCGGGGCGUGCUGUGACCCCCAGCGCACCCCUCACAAGCGGCGGGGCUGCCUGCAGAGGUCCGGCUGGGGGAGGCCAGCGGCGCCGUGGGGGGGAAACGCAUCUCGGCACCUUCACCUUCUCCUCUCCUCCUCCCUGCGGCGGGGCGGGGAGGGAGCAGGUGAAUGCGCCCUUUGUCCGGCCGAGGGCCCAGCAGACCCACGGCCGGGCGCUCUUUGGGCCGGCCGGUGACGGAGGGGAGUCCCCUCCGGGAGGCCGCGCCGUCCCGCCGCCCUCCGCUGCUCGGACGGGGCACGGCACCGCGGCUCGCACCCGCCGGGCGGAGGGCACCAGGAUGGGCGCGGAAGGCGGGGCCGGCAGGGGAGGUGGAGGCUGCGGCCGGUCUCCCCCGCCUCUCAUCUUCUCAGAGUCCGGCAGGCGCUCCCCUGUUGACUCGAGGCCGCCUUCCCCUCCGAGCGGCGCUGCCGGGCGCUGCCCCCCGCGGACGGAGCCGAGCCGGGGCCGCCGCUGCUGCCGCCCCCCGCGGCGGGACCUGCGGCGGGAAGGAGAGGCCGGGCUGCCGGGCCGAGGGAGUUUCCACAAUGGAGAAGAGGGAAGGUGGUAAUCAUGCCAUUGAUCAGAAUGCAGGUCAGAACAUCAUGCCAAGAAGAAAUACAGGAAAUCUUAACCACUUGAAUGUGGAUAUGCAGGUUGCCAGUCCAUCAGAAGCAGCUGCACUUUUUGAUUUACAUCAAGCACACCAUUUUGGUGAGUUUGAACACUCUUCAGAACAGCACUGCAAGCAGGAUCUGUUCCCUAAGUGGCACUUGCCAAUGAAGAUAGCAUCUGUGAUCUCAUUAUUAACAUUUAUUUACACUUCCAUGAGAGAUGUCAUAUAUCCUUUUGUAACCAAAAAGGAAAACGUUUUCUAUAAAAUUCCAAUCCUUGUCAUAAACAAAGUUUUACCAGUGACUUCAAUUACCCUUUUAGCACUAGUGUAUUUACCAGGAAUAUUAGCUGCUAGUUUCCAGCUGUACUUUGGCACCAAGUAUAAAAGGUUUCCCCAAUGGCUGGAUAGAUGGAUGGUAUCAAGGAAACAAUUUGGACUUCUCAGUUUCUUCUUCGCUACGCUGCACGCCUGCUAUAGCCUGUGCUAUCCAAUGAGAAGAUCUUACAGAUACAAGCUGCUGAACUGGGCAUUCCAGCAGGUCAAACAAAAAAAAGAAAAUGCCUGGAUUGAACAUGAUGUUUGGAGAAUGGAGAUUUAUGUGUCUCUAGGAAUUCUGGGACUUGCUUUGCUAGCCCUGUUGGCAAUAACAUCAAUUCCAUCUGUCAGUCUCUCUUUGACCUGGAGAGAGUUCCACUACAUUCAGAGCAAGAUGGGAUAUUUAGCCCUGCUGCUAUGCACUGUUCAUGCACUGGUGUUUGCUUGGAAUAAGUGGGUUGAUGCUAACCAAUUCAUCUGGUAUACACCCCCUUCAUUUAUGGUUGCAGUUUUUCUUCCUAUUGUAGUUCUGCUUUGUAAAUGCAUACUGCUCCUCCCAUGUUUUAGGAAGAGGAUAAGAAAAAUCAGAAGUGGUUGGGAAGCUAAGACACAUGCCAAUCAAACCAGCAUAACUUCCAGACUGUAGAUCAAAUAUGGACAUUUCCUGUCUAUGUAUCUAAAUAUGCUCAAAGCCAUGAAAUGUUCACUCAUGAGCUCUGUUUUCACAUUUUCUUUCUUUCAAAUGUUUCUUACUCACUUUUUUUUUUUACUGCAGGAGUAUGAGAUACUUGAUGCAAUUUUGUUGUUCUCAAAGACAGAAAAUGAAAACAUCUAUUUUACACUUUAAUCUAUUCAGUGCUUUGGUAUUUGAUGAUUUCUUUCUUCUGAUUCAUUGCUUUUAAAAUCCAAGUGUUUCAUUGUCUCAAUCCCAGUUCUUUUGUAUGCAAAAACAAACAUAAAUUAUUUCUCCAGAUGACCACAGAAAGUAAAAAAAUUAUUACACCACAGAGCCCAGGAAUGCUUUCUGCUUCGCACAGCCAUGUGUGUACCUUUAUUAAAUCUCAGAAUUAUAAUGGGACAAAAACCAGAGUAUUUAUCGUCCCAUUGCCUCUUAGCACCCGCAGCCUGUGUUUCACUCUGCAGAGUGGGGACCUUGGCAUAUGAGCCAGACAGAAACUGUGUAUUCCUGCCAGGUCUUGAACGUACACAACUGAGCAAGCAGAAUUACAGGGAUCUUUACAAGGUAAAUAUCCUGAGACUUGGGCACAGUCUAAAAAAAGAGUUUUUAGACUCAGAUUUCCAUCUUGUCCAGGACUAGGUGUGUCUCUGUUUACUUGAAACGAUAAAACAUUUCCCAUUUUUUAUUCCAUGAACACAUUCUUUUGUUUCUGAUGCUGGAAAUUUUCCAUGCUUUUGACCUAAGCCUGCAGCCCUUGACAUGUGCUAAACUUUAUUUGCACAAAUUAUUCCAGUGGGAUAACUCCAUCAGGUAAAUGUGUUUUUUUGUUUACUCUAGGGCCAGCACAAUUGUGUGACUGGAAGAAAAACAUUAAAAAUAGACAUUUGAAUCUUGCCAAUGAUUUGGUGAGAUUUUCAUGUUAAAUGGUUUCCAAAUGCAUUUGCUUUUACAGAAAUUUUCCUAAUAACUUUAAUAAGCUCAUUAAAUCGUACUUUCCUUACAUUGCAUAGGUCCAUGAAAGUUUUAAAUGAAUUCAUUUGUUAGUAUCUGUUUUGAAAUUAUGUUAUUCAGUAGUAAAUAUUUUCACCCAACAUCAGGAACAUUUCUGCCAGUCUGCCUGCAGAGUUGACUAGGACAUGGACUGUUGAUGCCACCUAUUGCUGCAAUCCUCUGAAUGAGAACUGUAAUUGGUAAUGGCUCUGGUAUUAAAACAAACAGGAAAACAACAUAUGCCUAAAAAAAUGUAAUACAUGGUGCUAAUAAAUCUGUUUUCUCUUUCUGGACUUUUACAUGGAGCAUAAAUAGCAGACAAUUAAAUAGCUACAGGGAUAUUACAUUUUGUAUUUUCCUGGUUGUUACCAUUCAGUUAUUGCAACUUAAAAGUUGGCCUUUUUUAAAUUUGCACAUAGUGUAAUACUGUGAAAGUAACUGGGGACAUGGUGACCUAUAUAAUAUAGAUUUAAAUCUGUGGCAUUAUGUAUGAAACCAGUAAUGCAUGGCAGAGGCCAAAACCCUACAAUACAGGAAGCUGGACUGCAAUGUUAAUCUAAGAAGUUUCUAACAGAGUAGGAAAAGUAUGGUGCUCAAUUCAUUUGCAUUUAUAUUUCCAUGAAUGAAAUAAAUAUUUUAUAAGUAAUAAGCUCUAUGCACUUGUUACAGAAGAUAGUCCAAGAUAGUAUAACUUCAUUCAUUUCAACUAGUUAAUAUGGUUUGAAUUUAUAACAUAAAUUACAAGGGCAAACCAAUGUCAAGAUCAUCACAUACUACCCAAACUGACCUUUUGCGCUCAUCAUUCAACUGGGGACAUUAAGCACACUUCAGACUUUUCUCUUUAGCAUUGCCCAGAGGCCAACCCAGAAGUGUCUUCUAUGACAUGAAAUUUACAUACAGUCUACAAAAGCUAUUCCAAAAAUCACACAUGACAUCCAAACAUUCAAGCAUGCUUUUCCCUACUGAUUGUUUCAAGUAGGAGCCAGGUUUUCUAUGUCACAUCUAGCCAUUUCUCUAGAAACUACCACUGAAUGCUUAUAGCCAGAACUUGAGACUUCGUAGUGAGUCUCUUCUCUGCUUUCUAAGUCUUUAGUAAACUGUAUCUUAGUAACUCACUUCCCAGUCUGCAGGCUGCUCAGAGAAGUGGUUGACUCACUAUCCCUGAAGGUAUUUAAAAGACACGUAGAUGUGGUGCUUAGGGACAUGUUCUCAUGGUAGGCUUGGCAGUGUUAGAUUUAUGGCUGGACUCAAUGUGAAUUACUCUGAUUUGCUUUUUAGGCAUUCAGAUACAGCAGUGAGGAAGACCUGUAUAGGGCUAAGAAGAAAAUGCUAUUCACAGUAUUUAAUUUCUCAGUUUGUGGCAGACAUGAUUUAGUUCAAUACUGAUGAAUCUAAGUUCAUAUGUACCUUUUAAUUUAUGUUUAUGUACCUGUUUCAAAUUCAGUGUAUUAAUAGGCCUAUAUACUGUUAUAAUACAUUAAUUGAAUGUGUGUGUGCAUUUUAGGCACUUAUUUGUAUAACACUAAUUAGUUUUAUAAAACUGUGCAUCAUUAAAUGCUUCAAUGUAUGCUGUAUCUGCCAUUGUGUCAUACACAUCCAGUGUAAAAGGGUAAAAAGGCACAGUACACUCUAGAAGAGCUGCUGAUAUAAAGAGUCAAGGGGAAUAAUUUUCUCCAUGCUAGUGAAGAGCCUGAAGCCUCCAAAGGAAUGAAAACAAAGAUGUGAAAAGCAAAAUGGACACUUUCAUAGUGUAAUGAAAUUGCAUUUUUCCUGACAGUACCUUUAACUGUAUAUUCUAGCAUUGAGAGAUUUUUGAGAAGGAAGAUAAAGCUUUGGAGGGACCCAAGAUCCGUGGAAAUACUGAUCAAAGACCAAGAAAAGUUCAAGAAUAGCAAGGGCAUUGAGGAAAGGCAUGUGUGGGCAUACUUUUGUGUAAGAAUCCAUUGUUCUAGUGACAGUGGAUUUAAAAUGUGUCUAUAAGGCCUGCAAAGUACUUUCUUCUAUUGUUACGUGUCUCAAAUGUAUUUGAGAGACACAGAAUUGAAACUCUGGAGAUAUAAAUUAUUAAAGGGGCAUAAGGAAUUUUGUGCCAAAUUCAUUUGGAGAGGUCCACAUAUCCAGAAUACUCUUCCCAAUAAGUGAUAGCAACAAUCAUUGUUCAGGAAGCUAGAGCCAGGGCUGUGUUGGCUAUUGUGUAAUGCAAAUUCCUGUUGACAGCAGCAUUUACUGUAAGCAGUCCCUCCCUUUGGCCACUCUUCUCUGUUCUUUCAGUGCUUCAAGUUGUUGAAAUUGUGUUCAUCAGAGUAGGGCAUUGGAUCCAGUUGAAAAGUAAUGCAGAGAGAAGAAUGAUUCAGCCAGAUCCACUCAUGGGUCCGCUUCACCUGACAGCCAGCAUCCUACAUAUGUCAGUAGGAAAGACUCAAAGAGGAAUGAUGUGAACAGGCAGCUUAACUUAAACCAGCCCUAAAUGAAAAGUUCCAAGUGCUCCUAAAAUUUAAAACUUAAAUUAUUUCAUCCUAUUUAAGUAGCAAGAAUAUUCCCUUGCUUCACUUUUUUGUCAUGUUCUUAGCUUUCCAUGAAUCAGUGGGCAAAAAUGUGCCCUAGAAAUUGUCACCAAAACCCGUAUAAAACUGACUUACAUCUACGUGACUGUGGGCUGUGUGGUUUCAUUUGUAGAGAUGAUGAUCUCACAUCUCCCCUUUUCUCCUGUAUCCAGAAUUUCUAUACCAUCCUUUAACAACACAAAAUGUUAUGGUAACCAUUUUUGAAAUUUAAACUAAUUUCUUUUAAACUGAUUUUCUUUAAAUGGCAUUAAAGGAAUAAUUUAAAAAAAAUAAAAAGACCAAUUUUUGAAAACACUGAAACCACCCCCGAAUAAUGUAAUCUGCUGUUGUUGCUGUAAGUGUCUGGCAAUGACUAUCAUUGCCACUGAUGUUUUUUCAGUAAUGGCAGGAUUUCUUGAUCCCAUGAGCAUAUUCUGUUGCUGAUGGCAAAAUUACUUCUUAUUAUUUCUUUUAUUAAAACAAGUCUCAUUAAAUUCAGAUGCCCCAGAGUUCAAUUUUUCCAUUAUUCUUUGAACUUUUCUGUACAUUAAAUUUAACACUUGAAUGGAUGAAGUGAGGCUAAUUUAU